AUGAGGCCUGCAGGCAAGAAGGCGGCCGCCUCCCCAGGAGCUGAGAGCGGCACGGAUUCAGAGCCCAGCUCAGCUAAAGGGGAAGCGCUAUCGCAGAUAACAACAGAACUGGCGGAAAUCCUGGCCAACAUGUUCACCAAAAGUGAUAAAGCCGCCAUGGUCUCGAUGCUGAGGGCGGCGAUACGAGAAGAGUUCUUGGAGGUUCGCAGGGACCUCACGGCCCUUGAACAACGGGUCUCAGAGCUUGAAAAUGAAAACCUACAAGCCAUCCAGCAUUCCCAGGCCGCUGACCAUGCCACAGCCAGGCAGGGUUCUGUGCUCCUGGAACUCCACAGACAGGUGGAGGAUCUGGACAAUCGUGGAAGACGUAACAAUAGCCGAGUUAGAGGCCUGCCAGAAGCCGAUAAUGAAGACCUCUUUGAAGCCCUUACACAGCUUAGACGAGGAGGCCCCUGA